UAAUACUGUUGUUUGAUUAAUAAUUACUUAAAACCAUGUUUAUCGUAAAUUGGAGCGUUCUUUUUUGGGCCAACACCAUAUCGUUGAUAUGGGAAGAGUAAUCCGUGCCCAGCGAAAAGGUGCUGGUAGUGUCUUUAAGGCACACGUGAAGACCCGGAAAGGCUCACCAAAGCUUCGCCCAGUCGACUUUGCAGAGCGUCAUGGUUAUAUCAAGGGAGUCGUCAGGGACAUCAUCCACGACCCUGGCCGUGGAGCGCCCCUGGCCAAGGUACAGUUUCGUGAUCCAUAUCGGUACAAGCUGAGAAAUGAGCUGUUUAUUGCUCCAGAAGGUCUGCACACUGGACAGUUUGUUUACUGUGGCAAAAAGGCUCACCUGCAAGUAGGAAAUGUGCUGCCAAUAUCUGCUAUGCCAGAAGGUACCAUUAUCUGCAAUGUAGAGGAGAAGACAGGGGAUAGAGGACGCCUCGCACGUACGUCUGGCAAUUACGCCACAGUCAUCUCACAUAACCCUGACACAAAGAGGAGCCGUAUCAAGCUACCUUCAGGCACCAAGAAAGUUGUUCCAUCUACCAACAGAGCUAUGGUUGGUAUUGUAGCUGGAGGUGGUCGUAUCGACAAACCAAUCAUGAAGGCAGGUAGAGCAUACCACAAGUACAAGGUGAAGCGUAACUGCUGGCCGAAAGUGAGAGGUGUUGCCAUGAAUCCCGUUGAGCAUCCAUUUGGUGGUGGUAACCAUCAGCACAUUGGUAAAGCUUCAACUGUCCGAAGGGAUGCGUCACACGGCCGCAAGGUCGGUCUCAUUGCUGCUCGCAGAACUGGUCGUCUACGUGGUAGCAAGCCAUCUGGCAAGGAAGAUUAAACUGUAAAUGUAUAUGGAGAAAUAAAAAAAAGUCAAGUUAA